UGCCUGUCAAACAGAGACAUCUGUUUCCCGAGCUAAUUGAAACUGAUCUAGGAUCAAACUUAACUUACUUUCUUCCCACUGUGGGUGGCGUAUCAAGAAUAUUCUCAGCUCUUUACAUUAUGGACUAUGAUGACUUUUUUGUAGCCUGGAGUUGUGAAGACUAUGGAAAUUAUCAUAUUGAAAAAUCCUGGGUGUUUUCACGAGAACCAGCACAUCCUUGUAAUAUUGAACAGGUGAAACGUGAUGCAUUUGCUAAAUUUAACCUCACUAAACCGAAGAUGAUUCGAAGCAAAUUCGCAAACUGUGAUUCAAUCUUCUGUUCUUAUGAUUUUUCCUAA